GAAAGUGUGAAGCUGCAUCAUCACCACCACCAAAGUGAACUGCAGAUAACCCCAUGACGUGGCAGACACACUGUAUGGUUAAAACCUAUAUAUAUUUAUAUAUAUAUAUAUAUAUAUACAGAUCUAUCCAUCUAUAUAUAUAUAAUUCACAGCGCCCCGCAUGUGUCUCGGUGGUGGUCUGAGCCGCAGAUAAGGCUUUGCGGGGGCUAUCUCUGCCUUCAGUCCAGAUGAAGGAUGAGCUUCUCAGACGUAGACGUUGUCCAUCCUGCUGAUGCUCCCUCGUCUCGUCGUAAACUCUUGUGCACCCUCUGGUGCUUGCUAGUCUCCCAAACUUCUUUGUGUAGCCUGCUUUGCAGAUUGUCUUCCUUGUCUGUGUGGUUGCUCAUUAUUCAGAGACAGACGGAUCUCAGGUCAUCUGCAGCUGCAGCAAAGGAGAAGCAGGAAAGAUGGCGAUCAUCCAUUAGACCGACCGGGCGCACGCAUGAAAUACGAGGACAACUUUUCGGAGGAUCGCUCGAGGAGAAGAUUGUACCAUCCAGGUCUCCAAGCCGACUUAGGGAGAAGAAGAAGAAGAGGAAGAAGAAGAAGAAGCAGUUUCCCUGAUUUUCCAGGGAGUGCUCCCUCUUUUUAGUGAUGGAGGUAUUGCAGUGUGAUGGCUGUGACUUCCGUGCCGAGUCAUAUGACGACUUGAAGACCCACAUUCAGGAAGUGCACACUGCUUUCCUGCAGCCUGCAGAUGCGGAUGAGUCUGACUCUCUGAAAGACGAGGAUGAAGAUGAGGAGGAAGAGGAGGACUGCCAGGAUAAGGAUGACAGGGAUGACAAGGAUUACACGCCUUCUAAAGCUGGAACGAGCCCCAACUCUACUGACUGUUCCACCCCAGCAACACAAAAGCAGACCACCGAAACACAUCUGCCGUUUUACCAGUGCAAGUUCUGUGUCCGUUACUUCAGAUCGAAAUCAUUCUUAAGAAACCACACCAAAAAAGUGCAUAACGUUGUAGAGGAAGAUUCGGAUGCAAGUAUCUCCUCACAGACAGCUAAGCAGCCCAGCUACACUGUUAUCAUGCACAACGACCAUUCAAAAGUGUAUUCCUGUCAGUAUUGCACAUACAAGUCUCCACGCAAAGCAAGGAUAAUUAAACAUCAGCUAAUGUAUCAUAACAAAGUCCCCUCAGAGAGCACUGGAGAUCCUUCCACCGAGACUGGAGAGGAAUCUGACUCAGCCAGCGGACUCAUGAAGGGAACAUUUGCCUGUGAAUGGUGCGACUAUCAGACUGACCAGAAGGACAGCUGGACCAAUCACGUGGUGAAAGAACACAGCGACAAGGUCAAGAUAGUUUCCUGCAUUGCAGAGCUGGAAGGAGAGGCAAGUGCAAGCUCACCCAAACCAGAUUCUCCCUCCGCUUCCCAAAGCCCGACUAGAUCAAAGAUGAGUCUCUCUGGGAAUGAAGAUUCAGGAGCCAAACCAGCAGAAAGCACGUUGGAGAAUUCAGUCCCAGAGCUCUCAUCCUUCCAAUAUGCACAGAUAAGUGCCGUUACACCCAAUAGUACAGGUUCCUCGAUUUUGUCCAAGAGGUUCGCUUCAUCCGAUGUCUCCAACAGUGUCACAGACAUUGAUGCCAACUUACUCAAUGAGGAAGAUUCUAGGAGCAGCUUAGAGGAUGAUGAUGAUGAUGAAGAAGAGCUGGGUGAUAUAGAUGAUCCCAGCUAUACUGGGACGCUGUCAGCAGAUGCAAAGCAGCUUUUAACCGACGACGAUAAUAAAUUACUGGAGACUAAAGGAAUACCGUUUAGGAAGUACAUGAACCGUUUUCAGUGCCCCUUCUGCUCCUUCCUCACCAUGCACAGGCGGAGCAUCUCCCGCCACAUUGAAAACAUCCACCUCUCUGGUAAAACCACAGUGUAUAAAUGUGAUGAAUGCCCGUUUAUUUGCACCAGCCCUCUCAAACUCGGCACGCACAAAAAGAGCCACAGCUCCUCAGAUGUAGAGACCAUGGACCUAACAAGUGACAGCCCGGAUCCCCUGAAUGAUGCUGCGGAGCCAGUCAAUGGGGGUAAUGUCAGCUCCAAAGUCAAUGGAAAAAGGAUAACCAGCACAUCGAACGACCAGCAGAACCCUCACCGCUGCACGCUCUGCAGCUUCUCCACCACCACUCUGAAAGGUCUGAGGGUGCACCAGCAGCAUAAGCAUUCCUACUGUGAUGACCUAGAUCCAACUGUCUUUGAAAGCCAGCUGACUGACCAGCAGGACUCCGAAGUGGACGCUUCUCCGAUCUUUCUACAAAAAACCCAGACCUCCAUUUUAGGACUUGCCACCAAAAAGUCCUUAGUUACAGGGAAAAGAGCCAGGAAGUCCAUUAAUGACUUGCCUUUGGAUUUAUCCUCAGUUAAGAAGAGAACUAGAAUUGAUGAAAUUGCCAGUAACCUUCAAAGUAAGAUAAGCCAAAGCCAGCAGGACAUGAUCAUAAACCUAGAUGACAUGGAUGACGAAGAUGCAGGAGAAAAUCACGCAGGUGCUGAUAAUGAGGAUCGAGAACAUGAUAAUAAGAAUGCUGUCUUCGCUUAUAACAGCCAGCAGCUUCAUCCAAGAGAGUCAGUGAUCCCUCCCGAGGGAGGCAGGAUAGGGAAAAGAAAAAGCAACCCUAAGUCAAAACCUCGAAACAUCCCAAUAUCCUUGACUCUCUCAGACGAUAGUGAGAACAUCUCUGCUGAUCCCAGUGACGGCACAAGCCAAGAGAACGCUGAUUAUUCAGAGGAACCAGGAAUGACACGUUUCUACUGUAAACACUGUGAUUACCACAACAAGUCAGCUCGUAGCGUCAGCACACAUUACCAGAGGAUGCACCCUUACAUCAAGUUCAGCUUUAAGUACAUCCUGGACCCGGAGGACCAGAGCGCGGUCUUCCGCUGCUUGGAGUGCUACAUAGAAUACAGCAAUUACAACGAUCUUCACCAACACUACAUGGAUCACCACCCUGAAGCGAGCAACGUGCUCAACUUCAACCAGCCAAAUCUGGUAUACAUGUGCCGCUUCUGUUCGUACACAAGCCCCAACGUCAGGAGCCUAAUGCCUCAUUACCAAAGAAUGCAUCCGGAGGUGAAAAUCAACAAUGCUAUGAUCUUCUCCAGCUAUGUUGUGGAGCAGUCCCAAAAGACGGGUGAAUCACAAACCCUGAGGGAAAUAUUAAACUCCGGCCCCAAAACUUUUAACUCAGCCUCGUCGACCCCAAGGUCCUCCUCGAGUCCAGUGCCGAAAACUGUCUCCAAGACCCCUGAAGCCAGUGCUGAAGCAGACCCUCUCAAAGAAUCUACGGGUGGUAAUGUUGUCGUCUAUGAUUGCGAUGUGUGUUCUUUUGCUAGCCCCAACAUGCACUCUGUUUUGGUCCACUAUCAGAAGAAACACCCAGAGCAAAAGGCAUCCUAUUUCCGUAUACAGAAAAACAUGAAGGUGGUGUCAGUGGAUCAAUCACCAUCUGUCGCAAACUCAUCUUAUAAUCUAAGUGCGGCUACGCCUCCGAAACAGCAGAGCGCAGCACUUUAUGGAUCUGAUGAGGAGAUGUACUACUGUAAACACUGUGUGUACAGCAACAGAUCUGUUGUUGGCGUGUUGGUCCAUUACCAGAAGAGACAUCCAGAAGUAAAAGUAACUGCAAAAUAUAUCAAACAUGGCGCCCCCACCCCUGGUUUGAUGAAAUUGAUGGAUGAAUUGCAAAUUGCGACUCCAAAACAGUUUUUGAAGCAAUUUCAAAACAACGGACACGAUGGAUCCAACAACUCAAGCCCAAAACCAGGAAGCGGUGAGAAAAGUGAGGACGAGUUGUUCUUUUGUCAGCACUGUGAUUACGGAAACCGGACUGUUAAAGGAGUUCUCAUUCAUUACCAGAAGAAGCACAGGGAAACCAAGGCCAACGCUGACCUCGUACGUCGUCACACUGCUGUUGUCCGGAGUCAGCGCGAGCGUGCUCAACAGGUUCAGUCAAGUAGUGUCUCCUCUGCCAUGAUCCCGGCCCCUCCGGAACCUGAAAACUCUACGUCCUUGCGUUCCCUUAAGUGCAGACACUGUUCCUACACAUCCCCUUAUGUCUAUGCCCUGAAGAAGCACCUGAAGAAAGUGCACCCCACUGUGAAAGCCACAGCCAUGACUAUUUUACACUGGGCUUACCAAGAUGGCAUUCUGGAGGCUGGUUACCAUUGUGAGUGGUGCAUUUACUCCCAUGCUGAACCCCAAGGCCUGCUGCUCCAUUACCAAAGACGCCAUCCCGAGCACAACGUCGACUACACAUACAUGGCUAGCAAGCUGUGGGCUGGGCCGGAGACCACCCAACAAGGGGGCAAUAUAGAAACUAAGCAUUACAAAUGCAGAGACUGUGCUUUUGAGGCCUGUACAAUAUGGGACAUCACCAGUCACUACCAGGCAGUGCACCCAUGGGCCAUUAAAGGGGAUGAAUCUGUGCUUUUGGAUAUAAUCAAAGGAAACGGCUCAGUUGAAAAGAUCCAGCAGCAGGUUGUCAAAGAACACUUGUCUUUCAAUUCUGUUGAAGAUGACGGAGCACUGAUCAUUGCCACCCCGCCUCAAGAAAGCAACCCCCACCCUUCCCAUCCACGUCUUUCCAUCUCCAACAAUCCUUAUCAGUGUACUGUAUGUCUGUCCGAGUACAACAGCCUCCACGGUCUCCUCACUCACUACGGGAAGAAGCACCCGGGCAUGAAAGUUAAAGCGGCAGAUUUUGCACAAGAGGCAGACAUCAACCCCAGUUCGGUGUAUAAAUGUCGUCACUGUCCGUAUGUCAACUCCCGCAUCCACGGCGUCCUGACUCACUAUCAGAAAAGACACCCGCUUGUGAAAGUCACUGCAGAAGACUUUGCAGACGAUAUAGAGCAAAUCGCUGACUUAAAUGAGGGAGAUGACAAGUGCAAAACUCAAAGGCAGGGCUAUGGUGCGUACAGAUGCAAAAUGUGCCCGUACACACAUGGGACACUGGAGAAACUUAAAAUCCAUUAUGAGAAAUAUCACAAUCAGUCGGCCUCGGAUAUGUUUGCUGCCUCUGUGACAACUUUCUCCCCCGGUAGGGACACAGAGCCAGUAGCUGAAUGCAGUGCUAGUAACAUAUCAAGUGCAGCAAAAGUCCAGGAGGUCAGUGAAUUGGACCUUGCCCUCUCCCAGUUACCCAUCAAUAAGACAGGCAAACAUGCUAUAUUCAAGUGUCAGCUCUGCAAAUACUUCUGCUCCACCAGGAAAGGCAUCGCUCGCCACUACCGCAUCAAGCACAACAAUGUCCGCGCUCAGCCUGAGGGCAAAAACAACGUCUUCAAAUGUGCUCUGUGUUCGUAUACAAACCCUAUACGCAAAGGCCUGGCAGCACACUACCAGAAGCGGCAUGACAUCGAUGCUUAUUAUACACACUGCCUGGCUGCUUCCAAGACUAUGGCUGAAAAGCCUACCAAAGUGGUGGCGUCCCCGCCACCAGAAGCGGAAAAUUCAGAAAUGAGUGAAGACUUGCGUUUGGCUGUGGAGAGACGACGGUGCUCUCUUUGCGCAUUCCAGGCCUUCAGCAGGAAGAGCAUAGUCUCACACUACAUUAAACGCCACCCAGGUGUCUUCCCCAAGAAGCAGCAUGCCAGCAAGCUUGGUCGCUACUUUACUGUUAUCUAUGCCAAAGAACCUGAGAAGACUGCUUGCAGUGAGAUGGUAGAGGAAGACAAGGAGAUCCUGGAGGUUCCACUCGAGCCCGAGCAGGACGCAGAUAAUGAGUGGCUGCCAUUCAAGUGUCUAAAAUGCUUCCGGUUGUCCUUCAACACGGGCGAGCUGCUCUCUAUGCACUACAACGACCACCACAGCAACGACUUGAAGAGGGACUUUUUGGUAGCGCCCGGUCCCAGGGAUGAAGACUCUGAGUUGUACCAGUGUUCCCACUGUGAGCUCAAGUUCCUGGCUCUCCCAAUCCUGGCUAAACAUCUGUUGAACCACAAUGAGGAGUUUCAGAAGAGGGCCAUGAGGCAGGAGAGGAGGAGGCAGCUGCUCAGCAAACACAAGCCUGCAGAACUACCAGAGAACAAAACUGAAAAGGAAAGCCUUGUAAAUAAAGCUCCUAUAGGAUUCAGGUGUAACUUCUGCGUAGAGGUGCACCCCACCAUCCGGGCCAUCUGCAACCACCUUCGGAAGCAUGUCCAGUAUGGAGAGGUCAAGGAAGGACACGUCAAGCAGGAAGUCAGCGAGGUCCCUCUGAUGCUGCCUUCAGAGAGCCUAACUAACGGUGACCCGCGGGAGGAUGAAGCGGCUGAAGCAGACGACCUCGAGAGCCCCGCGGCUACAAUGAUGGGUCCGGCCCUGGUUUCCACAGCAGCUGAUGAUGUUAAGGCAGAGGCGCUAGAGCCAGAAGCGGACGCUGUCGAAGGAAGGGCGGCGGCCCUCGUGGCUGCAGCGAGGGCCGUGGUGUCAGAGGACCAACUGAAGCAGCGGUUAACAGCAGGGGGUCACCCGUGUGCCCAGUGUGAUCGAGUCUUCAUGUCCAUGCAGGGACUGAGGUCCCAUGAGAGGAGCCACUCAGCCAUGGCGCUGUUCAGCAGAGAGGACAAAUACAGCUGCCAGUACUGCCAGUUCGUCUCCCCCUUCAGACACAACCUGGACAGACAUGUGCAGUCCCACCACGGACACCACAAGCCCUUCAAGUGCAAACUCUGCCCCUUUAAAUCCGCCUAUGUGAGUCGCUUGAAGAGCCACCUGCAUAAGGCACACACAGGCGAGCAGCACACAUACAAGUGCUUGUCGUGCCCCUUCUCCUCCAUGACCAUCAGCCAGCUGAAGGAGCACUCGCUGAGAGACCACGGUGAAUCGCUAACCCUCCCCAAACUCCGGGCUGCGACCCAGGCUGCUCACGCCGCCCUCAGGCCCUCCCGGCUGGCCGGUAACACAGAGCAGACUCCCUUGGCCCCAGAUGACCCAUCGUACCUGGAGCCAGCGGACGUUCGUCAGCAACUUAGUCAUUACCAGCUGGCCUCCCGCAGUCAAAUGUCUUCCGGCUCAACACCUGGUGGCUCAACAGUGGCUGACAAUCGACCAGACGGCGUCCUCACUUGCGAGUUCUGCGAGUUCAGCUCCGGGUACAUGCAGAGCCUGCGUCGGCACUACAGGGACCGCCACGGUGGCAAGAAGCUCUUCAAGUGCAAAGACUGUUCCUUUUUCACCUGCUACAAGAAUAACUUCACCAUGCACGUGGACGCCGGUCACAACAACAACAUACCUGACGACCUCCCUAAAGAUCUGCGCUGCCCUCUCUGCCUCUAUCACACCAAACACAAGAGCAAUAUGAUUGACCACAUUGUCCUGCACAGAGAGGAGCGCGUGGGUCCGCUCGAGGUCAGCCGCUCCAAGCUGUCGCGACACCUUCAGGGCCUCGUGUUCCGAUGCCACAAAUGCACAUUCACAUGCUCCAGCGACCAGGCCUUGCAGCUGCACCUGCAGAAGCACGCUGAGAUCAAACCCUACCAAUGCCAGCUCUGUUAUUAUGAUAGCAGUCGGCGGAGCCAGCUGGAGGAGCAUCUCCGCCUCGAGCACAAGGUUAUCCGCAACUUUGAGCUGAUGGGCCGGGUCAACCUGGACCAGCUUGAGAUGAUAAAGGGACAGGAGAGCAGCGCAGAGGAGGAGGACGAAGAGAGAGAAAUGAUGGCGAUGGAGAUGGGGAUGGGGAUGGGGAUGAUUGGAGAUGGAAUCAUGGCUGUUGCAGAGGAGCAGGACGAGGAGUACUACGACAUGGACAGAAGGCGGAUAAUGGAUGACCUGGAGCAGGAACAGAGGGAGAUGGAUGAUGAAGAGAUGGAGGACAACAUCAAAGAGGAAGAGGAGGAAGAGGAGGAGGAGGAAGAAGAGGAGGAGGAAGAGGAGGAAGAGGAAAUCAAGGAGGCGGAGGAAGAGAGGCCUGCCCUCCAAGAGGUCCUUGCGUCUCCCACCAGCAGCAUCAACAGCAGCUCUGUGCCGAGCGCUGUCGAGAAGCGCCUCCCCUGUGAGUUCUGUGGCCGCUGCUUCACCAACAGCCUCGAGUGGGAACGACAUGUCCUGCGACAUGGCAUGAUGGUAAACAACAGCCGGAUGGAGACCAGCACCACCACCUCAACCGAGGCCUCAGCUUCAUCUUCCACCAGCUCCUCCGUCCCGAUGGAUGCGGGAUUGGACCUGUCUGGCGUCAGAAAAGAGGACACUGAUCUAUCGCUUAGAAGUCAAAGCCAGUACGUGGAUGACAAAGAAAUGCUCGACACCAAAAAGGAUCAACAGUUUGGUUGAACUGAUUGUGGCCUCUUGGGAUAUUGUAGAAACUGAUAAUAUUGGGUAGAAUCAGCACUGAGUUGGAUCUUUAAAAUAGGACUUCAAAGGAAAUGAAGAGAGAAAAUGAAAAAAAAACAAAACAAAAGACUUCUUAUGAGUUGGCGCAUUACUAGAUUUUAGGUGUUACAUAUUUAAGUAUUAGGUUGUGCUGCAUAAAACGGCUGAGCUCUUUAAACGGGCAGUCCCCUAGGACAGAUCUUAAUAUAUUGGUAACCAAUAGUGAACAGAACUCUUUAUUGCUGACAUUCUGGUCAAAUCUACAGUGAAAGAUCCCACCUAGAGAAAGACGAAGCUAUUUAUGAAGAAUGUUGUCCAAAAAAUGAUGAACUAAAUUUAGCUUUUUAUUAUUUGAAGCACCUUUUACACCCCCCCUUCCCCCUGCUCAUCCAAAACAGGGUUACUGUAAAUUUACCUACAAACGGAACAAAUGAGAUAUGAAAGCAUUUACGACCAUGGCCCCACUGUAGAGCUACCCUUUUCUUCUUUCUUGUCGAGACCUUUUUCAUGUUAGCCUCGUGUUUAAUGUGUAGAAGUAUUCCUUGAGGAAGAGUCGCACCUUAUCUAUUUUAGUGGAAUCACAAAUCAUGUUUUCUUUGUUUGUAGAAUAUGAAAAUUUCCCCCCCUAAAUGUUUGUAGCAAAUUGCUAUAUUUUAUGUCCCCUUAAUAUUAUACUACGUAUAAGCCUUCAGCCUGUGGCACCCCUUCGCAUUUUGACUGUAAUAUUUUAUUGUCCGGUAAUUUCACUGAUGUGUUGAAAUCAUGGAUAUAACUGUUGAAAUCUCCCCUCCCCUGUAGGAUAUGUUGUUCAUCGUCCAGGUCAAACGAUAUCACUCUGCAGAUAAGUAUAACAAUCUGUCAUAACUGUAUCCAUAUUACAUAGGUGUCCGUUAAAGCUGAGCAUUUGCAAGCGCUACCCUGGAACAUGACUGCAGGUUUUAACAUCAGUGGUGUGAUAUCAUCAGUCAUCAUGGUCACUUGAUUACACUUGUCUUUUCAGUGCAAAACUUGUGAUUGAAUGUGACAUAGUCCGGCUCUGUCCUGUAGGCGCAUCCCCGAGUGAUUAGAUAAAUGAUAAAACAACCACCCAGGCUGAGUGUUGAAGCCAGUGCCCAAGUGCCUUAAAAAUGCAGAUAUCCACUAAUCGGAUUUAAUGAAUUUGAAAACAAGGAAACCAAUCAACUUCUCUCUCAAAACACAGCUUUUUCCCACAAGAAUUUAUGACCUCAACAGCCAAUUUCGAUUCUCUUAAUGUGUGCAUUAGUGGCAACUUGGAAAGUCAUUGUUUAAUUAAGAUCAGAUCAGAUUAAAUUAGAUUUGACUCCAUUGUAAUUGCAUAGUAAUACCAGUGCAAAGAAAAUGCGGUUUAGAAAAAUAUAGAUGUUUAUAUUAUAUUGACCUCUGGUGUUGUCUGGCCCGCUGCUAAUAGCUUUGGUUUAUUUGCCAGCGCUUUGGAGAUUUUCUGUUGAUUCAUUAGAAGUGAAUGAGACUUUAUUUGUUAAACUCGCAGGAUUGAAAAUCGUCUGUUCUUUUGAUCAAAAUUACUUUUCCUCUCUUUACAAAUAAACCAAACCUGCGACCCCU